UUAUAAUAAUUAUAGAAGUUAUAAUUAUAAAUGUCAGCACAAGAAAGUACUUCAGCUCUCUCUCCUGAGCUCCUCGAUGCUAUGAGAGAAAAUGAUUACAGAUUGAAGGAAGAUCAAACUGAUACUGUUUAUCAAGAUGCAAAUCUUACCAGUCCCCAAGAUAUUGUUAAGGGUAAAUUAGAGGAGCUUGAUCACGAGUUAUCAGAGCCACUCAAAAGAAUUCACUCAAUCUGGCUUGCUCGCUCAGCCAAGAACUGUUAUCAAGAGAAGCAUAUCAGUGAUGACUUCACCAACCUUGAGCAAAUAAAGCUAUGCAAGGAAAAGACCAAAGACAAUCUUAUUGGGUCAUUCUAUGCAGAAGCUCAUAGAAGAAGAACAGCCGAUGGGUACACUCUCAAUAACUGACUCUUAGACGCAAAGAAUCAGGUGGAAAAGAUGGCUGUAUGAAUUCAAAGUUAUGUCACUGAUAUUGAGAAAACUAACGCUGGACUGGUCGCUGAUUUCAAGGAACAAUACUCAAAAUACAUCUAAAAUCAAUAUAAUAUUUAA